CUCCUCAAACACAGGAACAAAUCUACCACUUCUGACACCAUGACCUAUUACAGUGGCUACUACGGAGGCCUGGGCUUUGGCUAUGGUGGCUUCAGAGGCCUGGGCUGUGGGUGUAACAGCUUCCGCAGACUGGGCUAUGGCUCUGGGUAUGGCGGCUAUGGAUAUGGCUCUGGAUUUGGAGGUUAUGGAUGCAGCUCUGGGUAUGGAGGCUAUGGAUAUGGUUCUGGCUACAGAGGCUAUGGAUACGGUUGCUGCUGCCCUUCACGCUAUGGAGGGUAUGGGUUCUCCAGCUUCUACUGAGUGAAUUGCUGGAAUCAGAUAUAUGUAGUCCUGUUCUUUGCUCUUAUUUCAGACAGACAUAUAUCUCAUUUUCUCUGACAUCAAUUUAUACAAAUUUAGGAAUAUUAAGCAGCUUCUGUGAACUUUUUGUACAUCUGUAGAAGCAUUUAACCUCUGUAACCCAUUACUGAAAUGCAUACUUAAUAUGAAUAAACCUUUAAUUUACUUUUCUUGCUUUUAAAAAUUUAUUGUUGC